AUGUUUUAUCUCCGGAUAUUUGGCCAAGCGGUGACAUCAGUCCGUUACACAGUGUGGGCUUUGCUAGUCUUACAGGGAGUCUAUGUCAUCGUGUACAUGAUCCUUCCGGCUUUCAUCGCGAAGCCGUUCAACAAAAUCUGGCAGCCGCUAGAGCGAGGCAAAUACAUGAACGACUGGUAUUACUAUUACACGCAAGUGGCACUGUUCAGCACAAGCAUGGCUUUCGAUAUAAUUCUACUCGUUCUCCCGAUACAUCCAGUCAUCCAACUCCAAAUGACUGUGAAAAAACGCAUCGGAGUAAUUGCAAUCUUCAUAUGCGGUGCAGCCGCGAGUGUCACAGCAGCAUAUAAGCUCGCCAUAUUUGUCACUCAAAUGGAGAGAUACACGAAGAUCGAUCCUAAAUGUGAGCUCUUAUCAGCUAGCACUCAUGAAACCCAAAGUAACAAAAUGCCAGGGCUACAAUACGAAAUGAGCACUCUUGUUCCUCCACAAUUCGACGAGUACGGCAAAACGUUUUGGAUACCAUCACAGAUUGAGCCCAGUGUGGCUCUUAUUGGAGCAGCGCUUCCUGCACUAUACCCUAUGGUACAGGGUGCCAUGCAUAGAGUCAUGGCGACUAUUUCGUCCAUUUCAUCUACGGCCAGCUCGGGUUCCAGAACACGAAGUCAUCCGGAGAGCCAGGUCUGUCAGCCGAGAAGGCAGACGCCUGAGAAAUCAUUGCUUCAAUCGAAUGACGGGUCGUACAUUGAGCUGGAUGAUAUAGCACCUUCUCGACCGGGAAGACUGUAG